UGGCGCACAUGAAGUCAAACCGCCAAGCCGAAUCAUUGCAAUCUGCACACGAGGAGUCAGUGGCCACCUACAAAGGCAACGAGUUUUUCAGCUAUGACCUGUCUCAGACGCCCAUCCAGAGCAGCCUGGACGAGAUUAGUCUGUCCUUCCGCACGCUGCAGAGGAACGGACUCCUGCUCCACACCGGGAAGUCAGCUGACUACGUUAACCUAUCCCUGAGGAGUGGCGCUGUGUGGCUGGUCAUCAACCUCGGGUCCGGGGCCUUUGAGGCCCUGGUGGAGCCUGCCAACGGCAAGUUCAACGACAACGCCUGGCACGAAGUCCGUGUCACACGCAACCUGCGCCAGGUGACGUCUCUGUGGAUGGGAUCCUGACCACCACCGGCUACACCCAGGAGGACUACACCAUGCUGGCUCUGAUGACUUCUUCUACGUCGGCGGGAGUGCCCA